AUGGACCAUCUGCCAACGCCGCCAGUGCCUCCCGAUACUCGAAGCCUGGGUGCAGGGACGUCAACGUACAAGCAGGGGUACACCCACAAGGAGGUGCCAAGGACACAGGCAGUCGUGCAGCCGCCCAGGCCUUACGCGCCGCUCAAGUUCGAGGGCACCUCCACACACAAGUUAGUAGGCCGAGGAAGGUGUCUCAUGCGCUGGCUGCAUGAGUGUGUGCGCGUGUUCAGAGCUGACUAUCAGCAGUGGGAGCUGCCCCCUCCCAGGCGCCCUCAGGCGGUCAACGAGCUCGUGUCUCUGCCCUUCCAGGGCGCCUCCACAUACAAGGUCACACACACACACACACACACAGAGAGAGAGAGAGAGAGAAGAGAAAUCACCAUGGAGCCAUGCACCUGCAUUGCCGUGACUCUGUGAUGGUGUCUGUCGUGUCAGAAUGACUUCGAUCACAAGGUGCUGUCCGACAAACCCCACGCCGAGAAGAUGGAGUGGACACCCAAGUGAGACGACGAGCAUUUAUCGAGGCAGCCAGCCAAGGCGACUGUUGUCUCUCCCUCUCCCUCUUCCUCUGCCUCUCCCUCCGUCUGUGUGUUGUGCAGUCCGGCAAAGUUCGAAGCCGUGUUGAGCUACCGCGAGUCUUACGACGAGAAGCCCGUCGUGCAGGCCCGUAAGUGAGAAGUAACAACAGAGACAGACACAUGUCGAUAGAUACGCUGGUGGAUGGCGGGCGGAUAGGAUGGAUUGGCAUGUGUGUGUGUGCAGCGCCUCCUCUGCCGUUUGAGGGCACUCCAUACAGGGAUUGUGUGGCUGAGGUUGUGUGGCUGGCAGAACUCAUGUCGUGAACACAUGUGUUUUGGGACACUUAUGUUAUCUCUCAGCUGAAUGAGCCUAGACGUAUAAGGGCAGGGGGAGAAAGACUCCAACAUCAGGGGCCCGACAAACACAG